AGAGAGAGAGAGAGAGAGAGAGAGAGAGAGAGAGAGAGAGAGAGAGAGAGAGAGAGAAAAGAUGUCGUGGUGUACUAUUGAAUCGGAUCCAGGAGUGUUUACAGAGUUGAUAAUGGAGAUGCAAGUGGAAGGGGUUCAGGUGGAGGAACUUUACAGCCUGGACUUAGAGUCAUUGGAGCAGCUAUGGCCUGUGUACGGAUUGGUCUUCCUGUUCAAGUGGCGUCCAGGAGAGAAGGACACGCGUCCGGUUCUCAGGGAGCAUAACAGCAAUUUGUUCUUUGCCAGCCAAGUCAUCAACAACGCCUGCGCCACGCAAGCUAUCUUGUCUAUCUUGAUGAAUAGGCCCGAGAUUGUAAUUGGACCUGAAUUGAGUCUGCUCAAGGAUUUCACGAAGGAGUUUCCGCCUGAGCUGAAGGGAUUGGCAAUCAACAAUAGCGAGUCGAUAAGGACAGCGCAUAACAGCUUUGCACGUCCUGAGCCUUUCUUGCACGAUGAUCACAAGGUCGCUGACAAGGAUGAUGACGUGUACCAUUUCAUCAGCUAUGUGCCCGUGGAUGGGGUGUUGUACGAGCUGGAUGGUUUGAAGGAAGGGCCCAUCAGUUUGGGACCAUGUGGUAGUGGGAAAGAUGACAAGCAGUGGUUGAAAUUAGUUCAGCCGGUGAUUCAAGAACGGAUUGAAAAGUAUUCCAAAAGUGAAAUUAGGUUUAACCUGAUGGCGGUAAUUAAGAACCGAAAGGACAUUUACCGGAAUGAAUUAGCGCAGAUGGAGGAAAGGAGGGCAGGGUUAUGGGGGUUGCUUCAAGGGUUGGGAGGGGGAGGUGGUGGAGGGGGAGGUGGUGGUGGAGGGGAUGGGUCCAUGGAUAUAGACCAUCCGUCGGCUUUGAUUCAUCAUCAGAACAGGCAGAUGCAUCAGCAGGCGGAGCAGCUGCGCGCCGCGCUGGCUCAGAUCGACACGGAGAUCGCGAAUGUGACGGAGAAGAUUGCUGUAGAAGAAGACAAGUUCAGGAAAUGGAAGACGGAGAAUGUGCGGCGCAAACACAACUACAUUCCCUUCCUCUUCAACUUCUUGAGGGUUCUUGGGAGCAUAGGACGGCGAGACGCGAACCACAGGUUCGAAUUAGAGGAGGAGGAGGAGGAGGAGAAGGAGGAGGAGGAGGAGGAGGAGGAGGAGGAGGAGGAGGAAGAGGCGACGGCGGAUCGGAAUCCUCAGAAGAGGAAGAGGAGGAAGAAGAGGAGGAUGAGUAGGAUGAGGAUCAGGAAACCGAGUGGGGAACAGAAAAGGAGGAGAAAGAGCAGGAAGAAGAAGAAGAAGAAGAAGAAGAAGAAGAAGAAGAAGAAGAAGAAGAAGAAGAAGAAGAGGAGGUUGAAGAACCAUAGCGACGAGUGCUUGCCGUAUUUGUAUAUCUGCGAUUACGUUCCACCUGGGGAGGAGGAGCAGGCAGUAGGUACACGCCGCGUGUGCUCGAACCUCGAUUUUGCCGAUGUCCACUUCAAUGAGAGCGAUGAUGGCGACAUGAUGAUUUGGGCGCAGGGGACGGAUCCACGAUUUGCACUCGCACUUGCAGUCGCUUCUUGUGGCAAAGUUGGUGGUUUGGUGGAGGAGGAGGAGGAGGAGGAUUGGAAGCGUAGGCAAUCGGCAGUGAGCGAAGUAUGAACUUCGGCAAAGGAGUAGUAGUAGUAGUAGUAGUAGUAGUAGUAGGAGGAGGAGGAGGAGCAGGAGGAGGAGGACGAGGAGGAUUUAGGCAAGCACCAUUCAGCAGGAUUCGAGAAAUGGAAGCAGCAAUGAUUGGGUAGUCGUUGUCGCCGUUGCAGUAAUUGUAGUGAGAGAAGGAAGAACUUCAUCAAUCAUCCCUCGGCGAAGGAGGAGGAGGAGGAGCAGGAGGAGGAGGAGGAGGAGCAGGAGGAGGAGGAUGGAGUCCAGCAUAGCGAUUCACGUGGAAUUGGCAGGUUGGGACCGCGCCGCACCGCCCACCUAAUGUUAAAAAGACAAAACAAAUGGCAAGUGCAUCUUUCCACCUUCUAGCAGCAGAUGCAUUCUCUCUUAUUUACGCAUCUGGUGAGUAGUGCGGCUAGCUAGGCCCGUUGUGGUGUAGCGUCAUAUUUUUAUGGUCCAUAUUUUUUUUCCCCUUUGUAUUGUAUUUUGAUUGCUCUCUUGUUUUCGUUCUUUCGCCGGUCGCGUUGCUGCGUACUUUUUUCUGCUGUCCCAUUUCUUGAUCGUACGUUUCUGACCGCCAUUUCGCCGAGGUGUGAGCUUGUAUCUGACCAACCGUUUCAGCCAGAUUCAGGCGGAAAAAAUGUAGGUGUGUGAGCAUGUCAUUGGUUUUUUUGCCAGCGUAUCGACACAGAGUUUUCAUGUAUCUGACCAACCGUUUCAGCCAGAUUCAGGCGGGAAAAUGCAGGUGUCAGUGUGCCAUUCAUUGCCUUUCUCUCAGCGAGGCACGAGUACUGGUAUAAUGAGGUGGUCAUUGCAAGAUUAAGAGGGGAUCUCUCUAUUCAGACAUACAUUCCUGGGAUGAAUGUGGUCGUAAUUGCGGUCAAAUUCAUCUACGAAAAGUCCCAAGUUUGAGUAUUCCUUGUGGGUUAUUCAUGUGAGCGCGUGCUGAGAGACAACGAGAAGGGCAAUGAAUCAAGAGAGAUACAGGGAACUGCACGGUUGUGGUUGCCUUGCUACCUACACGACUAAUCAGGGCGGUGAAUGGAGGAAAGACGAAACUGCGCGCGGCUAUGGUUUGCAUGGCAAUUCGAAGGAGAAAGCGGCGGAGACGACUGCACCAUUAUGGUGAUGGCUGAUUGCAGGACUAAUCAGGUGGGAAAGAUCGGGGGAGAAAGUCAAGAAGGCGAUCUGGAGUAUUCACUCAAGAGGUAGGCUCCUGCCUCCGAUUUGCGCAGCCGAGUAAUUGAAUGAGAGAACAGGCGAGAGGGACGACGAUAUGGAGGAAGAACACGGCCCACCUUCUGUACGGCUAUGGGGCUCACGGAAUAGGAUGAAGAUUGAGAGAGAGAGAGAGAGAGAGAGAGAGAGAGAGAGAGAGAGAGAGAGAGAGAGAGAGAGAGAGAGAGAGAGAGAGAGAGAGAAAGCUAUGGUUCGCAAGGUAAUGGAGAGGGAGAAAGCGGAGGAGACUGUGGUUAGAGAGAGAGAGAGAGAGAGAGAGAGAGAGAGAGAGAGAGAGAGGAGGGAGAAAGCGGAGGAGACUGCGGUUACGGCUAAUCAAGGUGGUGAAAAUCGUGCAGCAAAAGUCUCUCAGUAGAUAGGAAGCAUUUUUAGCAGAGUGCCACGUGUCGAUGAGACAUACGGACAAGUAUAUGAGAGAGUAAUUCAAGUAGGUGAGAUACGUAAGUGGAAAAAAAACGAGUAAUUGAUAAGGGGUAUGUAUGUAUGAUACGAGGAGAAUGGGAGAGAAAGGGGUGUACACUGUCUGGCAGCGCGGGAAGGGAGGGACAAGCUUGGGAGGAGGAGAGGGGGGAGAUGUUGUGAGGAGGAGAGAAGUAGGCGAACGCUGUUGCUGGAUACUGCAAUUUGUCCCUCCCUUCCCGCGCUGCUGCUGGAUACGACAAAGCGCGGGAAGGGAGGGACAAGCUCAGCUUUGGCGGGAAACGAAUGGGGGAUAAGACACGCGUCACGCGUUUUGAAAAACAAGGGGAGAGCGGGAAGAGCGUGAACGAGGGGAAGUGAAAGGGUGAGUCAGAGGGCGUGAGAGGGAGUGUGAGUAGAGACAGUAUGGCAGUGAGCGAAGGGAAAGAGCGUCGCACACGUGCGCAAGUGUGUGACAUGGGGAGGUUUGACGUGUCGAUAGGGAAGGUAGAGGCGAAGUUGCUAUGCUCGAGUGCGUCAAAAGGAGCGCGUGGUGAGUGUCGUGUGUGUGUGUGUGUAUGUGUGUGUGUGUGUGUGUGUGUGUGUGUGUGUGUGUGUGUGUGUUGUGUGUGUGUGAGAGAGAGAGAGAGAGAGAGAGAGAGAGAGAGAGAGAGAGAGAGAGAGCUUAUACACAUCUAGAUGUGUAUACUAAAUCAUCUCAGGAGUCAUGGAAACGAGUUUGCCGGAGGCUUAGCCCAGAUUACCAACCUAACUUCGCGAGCAUCACGAGA